AGAUAGAAACACGAUCAUAAUGUCCGGCCAGUCAGAAAUUGAGUAUCGUGAAGAACAAGAUGUGGAUGUUGGCGUUGUGGUCCUCUGCGGGAUAUUUAUGUUGCUGUUUUUCAACAUUAUAUGUGUGUGUAUAUUCUACAGGAAGUGGAAGAAAAGGCAGAACAAAUUCCGUCUGGAGUAUAUAAGAUAUGGGCGAUCAGAGUAUCUACGAAGACAUAGAGCUCAGCCAAUCAGAAUAUCAUUCAAGUACAUACCUGAUUGGUUUCAGCGGAAUUGGAACAACCGAUUUGGCAUUCAGUCGAUGAGAAAUAAGAGAAGACAGCAUAGACCACAUUUAUCUAAACUGAUGCAACCAAAUUUGUCCACCACGAAAGGUUUUCGUAAUCAAAAAACAUCAAACUCACUCCAAAGUGAACAACGCAAACGCCAUCCACGGAAGACAAAAAUCAUAGUGAAGGACGGGUUAUUAUCGAACAGGAUAAAUCUGUUUAAAGAAGGAGUGACCAAGGAUGGCACUAUGGAUGAGAAAACAAUCCUUAACACAGAAUCUUCACAAAAUAGAGAAUCAAAGGGACUUUCAGACACAAACAACAAGCAUUCUAUAAUUGAUAUAAAACAGAUUCGCCCAUCUACAGGGAGGUCAUCAAAUCAAUGUCCUUCAAAGGUCUCAGAGGUACAGAUACACAAGGAAAAGGCAGCAGGGGACGCUUGUUAUAAGAGAGCUACGAACUCCGUUAAACAGUCGAUGGAUGCAUGUCCAGAAAAAACUUCCAACAGUAAAAUAGAAACACUCAGUACAUUAUUUCUUAUUCAUUCUGAUGAUGUAUCAAACGUUUUAUCGAGGAUGGGACACAAAAACCAAACUAAAUGAAUAGGGUGACAGUUGAUAAUAAGCAUAUUUUAUAUUAUUGUCUUCAAAAUAAUUACUUGAAGGCUAAAUGGAAUACUGUAUUGUAAAGAUAAAAUUAACUACAAUGUAUAGGUUUAUCCUGGAACUGAUAGUAUUAUGGGUGUAUUUACAUAUAAAGUGAUAUAAA